GGUUAGCCGUCACUGCCAGAGGUCGAAAUACUCUAUCGUCAAAUACAUUUCCACUCUUACGUCGAAUGAGCUCAAACGGUGCCGCUAUGUUUGAUCCCAAGGAUAUGAAAUACAAUCGCCUGGGUCGCUCUGGACUCAGGGUUCCAAUUUUCUCCUAUGGAGGCUGGCUCACAGUUGGUGGAACUCAAAAGGGUAAUAUUGUGAAAGAAUUGAUGAAAACUGCUUAUGAACACGGCUGCAACUAUUUUGACAACGCCGAGGUAUACUCCAGUGGUCAAUCUGAAAUCGAAAUGGGGAAUGCUAUCAAGGAGCUUGGUUGGGAGAGAUCAGACAUCAUGGUAGCCACAAAGAUAUUCUUUGGAACAGGCAGAAAGGAGCCCAAUUCGCGUGGUCUCUCUCGCAAGCAUAUCAUCGAAGGCUUGAGAAGCUCGCUCGAUCGCUUACAACUCGAAUAUGUCGACGUUGUACAUGCCCAUCGUGCCGAUCCAACCGUUCCGAUGGAAGAGAUUGUGCGGGCGUUCACCUAUGUGAUCGAAAAAGGAUGGGCAUUCUAUUGGGGAACUAGUGAAUGGAGUGCUCAACAGAUUCAAGAGGCGGUCACUGUUGCAGAAAGAUUCAAUUUGAUCGCACCAACAGUGGAGCAACCACAAUACUCAAUGUUACACAGAGAGAGAUUUGAGGCAGAGUAUGAUCCGAUUUUCAAAAACCUUGGAUACGGAUCUACAAUUUGGUCACCAUUGAAGUCGGGUUUACUCACAGGAAAGUAUAACGACGGCAUUCCUGCUGGAUCUCGCUUUGAUACCAAUCAAGCAUUCUUCAAAGAUUCUGCUGCGAGACUACAAGCCGAAGAAGGUAAACAAGAAAUAGAAAAGGUCAAGAAAUUGACUAAGCUAGCAGCAGAUCCGAGAUUGAACUGUAGCGUGGGGCAAUUGGCUCUUGCUUGGGCUGCUUCUAAUCCUCAUGUCAGUACUGUGAUUUUGGGAGCUACCAAACCUGAACAACUUGUGGAAAACUUCGGUGCCUUGAAGAUCAUUGAUAAAAUCACUCCAGAGAUCAAGACCGAGAUUGAGGAGAUUCUGGCCAACAAGCCGACUUUACCAUCUACUUAUGGACGCUGAAGUGCACGCUGUAACACUCUGUAGGCUUCAUUCCUGAAAGCCUCGAGUCUCAAAAUUCUUAAAAUAUGUUGUACCCCCAGUGUUAGCAAAAGUAUUGUUUUCAAAAGUACAAAGACUGCAAAGAAAACCUCUGUACUGCUUGUGUAAUUUUUAUCAGUAGUGUUCAUCUUGAACUUGAAUCGCGCAUUUUUAUUCUGAACG